AUGGGUUCGGCAGAGAACACGAUCAUCCUCUACACCAACCACACAUGCACAUGGGCAAACCGGGCGGACGUGUGCCUCGCCGAGCUUGGGAUCCCCUUCGAGGAGCGAAUCAUCAACGUGGACGGCCCUCGCCCAGCCGAUUUCCUCAAGCUGAAUCCCCGCGGCCUCGUCCCGGUGCUCGUCUUCAACGGCGAGGUCAUUGUCGAGUCUCAGAUCGUGUGCCAGUUCCUGUGUGACAUCUUCCCGUCGCACCUAUGUCCUCCUCUCACGUCCACUGACGGAGCGUUGAAACGGGCAAAAAUGAGCUUCUUCAUCGAUACCUACUGGACCAAAUUCCACACGAUCCUGUUCAGGCUGUUUGGGUCGCCCACGUCCGCCGACGAGGAGAGAGUGAUUGACGACGCUAUCGACGGCAUCAAGAGGGAGGUCGAGCCGCUGCUAGCGGAUGCUGCACCUUUCUGGGGUGGGAGUGACAAGCUCACCCUGGCGGAGGUCAUCACGGGGCCGUUCGUGGUUCGGGCGGUCACACUGAGCAAGCAUGGUGUGUAUCCUACGAGCUUGAACGCGAGGAUCGAGGCAGAGGCGCCCAACUUUCACAGGUGGGCAGAGGCUACGUCCACGCACGAGAGCAUCACCAGGAUCUUCGAUGAAGACGUGAUAGUCAAGCGUUCUGUGGCCAAGCGAGCCAGGAUGAGGGCGGCCGCGGGACUGGACUGA